CUGACCCAGCCAGGGUCCCCGUGGGCUCCCGAGGAUGCGGCUCUUCCGCAGACGCCACAUGCACCUGCGCCUGGCCAUGGUGGGCGGGGCCUUCAUGCUCUUCCUCUUUGUCCUGCACCGGGAUGUAAGCAGCUCGGAACAGGCCACCGAGAAACCAUGGCUGAAGUCGUUGGUGAGCCAGAAGGAUCACGUCCUGGACCUCAUGCUGGGGGCCAUGAACAACCUUAGAGAUUCGAUGCCUAAGCUCCAGAUCAGGGCUCCAGAGCCCCAGGAGACAGCUGUCUCCACAAACCAGUCCUGCUUGCCUGGGUUCUACACCCCAGCUGAGCUGAAGCCCUUCUGGGAACGGCCACCCCAGGAUCCCAAUGGCCCCGGGGCAGAUGGGAAAGCGUUUCAGAAGGACAAGUGGACCCGCCUGGAGACCCAGGAAAAGGAAGAAGGCUAUAAGAAGCACUGCUUCAAUGCCUUUGCCAGUGACCGGAUUUCCCUGCAGAGGGCCCUGGGGCCGGACACCCGACCCCCUGAAUGUGUCGACCAGAAGUUCCGCCGCUGCCCUCCACUGCCCACCACCAGCGUCAUCAUCGUGUUUCACAACGAGGCCUGGUCCACGCUGCUGCGGACUGUGUACAGUGUGCUGCACACCGCCCCUGCCAUCCUGCUGAAGGAGAUCAUACUGGUGGAUGACGCCAGCACUGACGACUACUUAAAGGAGCAACUGGAGCAGUACGUGAAGAAGCUGCAGGUCGUGAGGGUGGUGCGGCAAGAGGAGCGGAAGGGCUUGAUCACCGCCCGGCUGCUGGGGGCCAGCGUGGCCCAGGCGGAGGUGCUCACCUUCCUGGAUGCCCACUGUGAGUGCUUCCACGGCUGGCUGGAGCCCCUCCUGGCUCGCAUUGCUGAGGAAGAGACGGCGGUGGUAAGCCCAGACAUCGUCACCAUCGACCUGAACACUUUUGAGUUCUCCAAGCCCGUCCAGAGGGGCAGAGUCCACAGCCGUGGCAACUUUGACUGGAGCCUGACCUUCGGCUGGGAGACUCUCCCCGCCCAUGAGAAGCAGAGGCGCAAGGAUGAGACCUACCCCAUCAAAUCCCCGACGUUUGCCGGCGGCCUCUUCUCCAUCUCCAAGUCCUACUUUGAGCACAUCGGUACCUAUGAUAAUCAGAUGGAGAUCUGGGGAGGGGAGAACGUGGAAAUGUCCUUCCGGGUGUGGCAGUGUGGGGGCCAGCUGGAGAUCAUCCCCUGCUCUGUGGUAGGCCACGUGUUCCGUACCAAGAGCCCUCACACCUUCCCCAAGGGCAUCAGUGUCAUUGCUCGCAACCAAGUGCGCCUGGCUGAGGUCUGGAUGGAUGGCUACAAGGAGAUUUUCUAUCGGAGAAAUAUGCAGGCAGCGAAGAUGGCCCAAGAGAAAUCCUUCGGGGACAUUUCGGAACGACUGAAGCUGAAGGAACAACUACACUGUCGCAACUUUUCCUGGUUCCUGGACAACAUCUACCCAGAGAUGUUUGUUCCCGACCUGAAGCCCACCUUCUAUGGAGCUAUCCGGAACCUCGGCAUCAAUCAGUGUCUGGAUGUGGGUGAGAACAACCACGGGGGGAAGCCCCUCAUCAUGUACACCUGCCACGGCCUGGGUGGCAACCAGUACUUUGAGUACACGACCCAGAGGGACCUUCGCCACAACAUCGCAAAGCAGCUGUGUCUACACGCCAGUGCUGACACUCUGGGCCUGAGGAACUGUCACUUCACUGGCAAAAACAGCCAAGUCCCCAAGGAUGAGGAAUGGGAAUUGACCCAGGACCAGCUAAUCAGGAACUCAGGAUCUGGUACCUGCCUGACGUCUGAGGACAAAAAGCCAGCCAUGGCCUCCUGCAAUCCCAGUGAUCCCCACCAGCACUGGCUCUUCAACUAAGCCUCGAUCACCCCCAUGGGAGUUCCCAUGGGGAACCAAGCCUCUCAGGAAAUAGGGUUUGGGGGAACCUGAUAUUUGAGAACCUGAUUAUCAGCUUCUCUGUAGGCCUUAAAGAUGGAUUUCUAAACCCAGUGGAUAUCAAAGCAGGAUCUUCCUACUUUUGCAACACAGAGCCCAUUUUCCUUCCCCCAUGCUGAUGAAAGAGACCGUUGGAACAUAUGAUACUUGGCCUAGAGCUUGCCUCCUGUCCUUGAAACAGACUUCCAAGCAGAGAAGGCAGCCUGGGUAGGGCCCAAGGCAGCAAUGCUGAAUUCAAGAAAAGUCCUUGUGCAGCCACGUCCUGAGUCCCUGGUCGUGUGGAGCACCCACAGAACUAGUGAAGUAGUACCUUCGAACAGAGAGACUAGAGGUCUGCAAGAGUCUCCCUGGUAAUAUUGCCCGAAGUUUCUAGAGCCAAUUAGCUUAUAGAAAGCACCCCAACAGAAAUCCUUUAUCUUCUUUCGUCUGCACAGUAACCCUGUGAGAAAGGCC